UUUUGGCACCUGCUCUAAACUCCCCAGUUUUUGUUAUUUUACGUUUAAAUAAGAAUGCCAUCAGAAUGUAGUUAGUUGGGGUCGUGACAGCAACGGAGUCGUUUUAUCCUUCGUCUUUAUAUUUCAUUAUUCAGUGUGAAUGUUUACAUGUGACUACGUGAUUUGAAAAUGUGGGCAGUUUCUAUUACUUGCAUUCUAUUUUUGAGUGCUGUAACUUGUAAUCCAGUAGUAAGGAUUACAAAUGGUGCAAUAAGAGGACAAAAUUUAAAAUCGAGAGAUGGCCGAGAUUUUUAUUCUUUUACCGCUAUACCAUAUGCAAAACCGCCAAUAGAUGAACUUAGAUUUAAGCCUCCAGAAAAAGUAGAUUCGUGGGAGGGUAUUUUAGAUGCCACAAAAGAAUCAAAUAUGUGUACGCAAAAUAACCAUUUCUUUUCGUCAAUUAAACACUUAACAUUUGGCGAGGAAGACUGUUUAUAUUUAAAUGUUUACACACCAAAUGUUAAUGGAAAACUUCCGGUAAUGUUUUGGAUACACGGUGGAGGAUUUCUUGCUGGUCAUAGUGGAUCAAACAUAUAUGGACCUGAAUAUUUUAUGGAUAAAGAUGUUGUUUUUGUAUCUAUAAACUAUAGACUUGGAUUAUUUGGAUUUAUAAGCACCGAAGACGACGUGAUACCAGGUAACUAUGGAUUAAAAGAUCAAGUCAUGGCAUUACGUUGGGUUCAAGAAAAUAUUGCUAAUUUUGGCGGUGAUCCUAGCCAGGUAACAAUAUUCGGCGAAAGCGCGGGCGGUGCCAGUACUGGUUAUCACAUGUUAUCGCCGAUGAGUAAAGGCCUGUUCCAUAAAGCCAUACUCCAGAGUGGUACACCAAUGUGUCGUUGGGCUGUUUCUCCACCUGGGUUAAUUCGUAAGCGUACGGAGGCAGUUGCUACUAUCGCUGGAUGUCAUUUCAAUACUUCCGAAGAAAUAUUAAGCUGUUUAAAACAACUCCCAGCUAAUUAUAUUGUCGAACUUCAUAAUAAAUUUAUCGAGUGGAUUAAUCAUCCAUGUAUAAUAUUUCCACCUGUGGUUGAAUCGUGCGAUUUAAAUCAAGAAUCGUUCCUAUGUAACCAUCCAUUUACUGACUUUAAACAAGAAUCUUUUGUACCGACUAUUAUUGGUUUGAAUUCGAACGAAGGUGGUAUAUUUGCUGCAUCUCUAUUCAACGAAACUUCACUUCAAUACCCGGAACUGUCUACUGAUAGUAAUCGCCUGUUGCCUAUUUUAUUAAUGUACAAACAUAUGUCAUUGCCUAAACAUAUGGACGAAAUUAAUAAUCGGAUCAUUGAAAAGUAUUUUCCAUCGGGAAAAAUAGAGAGCGAUUCGCAUUUGGAUGCAGUUAAAAUGAUCGGAGACGGCACUUUUAUUACGUGUACCAUGGACAUGAGCAUUAAAUUAACUUCACCAGUCUAUUUUUAUUUAUUCGAUUAUCAAAAUGAGUUUUCAUUCAACCAAUAUUAUGGCGAUUGUAAAAAGUCUCUUGGAGUAAGUCAUGCUGAUGAAUUGAUUAGUUUGUUUUCAUUGAAGGAAUUGAAUCCCAAAGGAUUAGGUGACAAAGAUAUAGAAAUGUCAAAGCUUAUGGUUAAUAUUUGGGUCAAGUUUGCAUCAUCUAAAAUACUUACUAUUGAUGGAACGGACAAUGGAAAAGCUUGGCCAGUAUUUACUUCUAUUGGAGAAUCAGUUUUACUUCACAUAGAUUCAGUCCAACCAAAAGUUAUAAAAAAUCCAUUAGAGAAGGAGUAUAAAUUUUGGAGUGAACUGCCUUUAUUAUCACGUUUAAAUAAAUUUAUAUCACCAAUAAAUUCAAAUAUAAAAGACGAAUUUUAAUAUUAUUAUAAUUUUUAACUAUACUCAUUUUUUAAAUUUUAGAUUAACCAAAUACCAGGUGAUAUAUUUUAACAUUUAAAAUUAUAUCAUGUGAUUCAAUUUUUAAAGUGCACUUUAAAUUACCAUUAAUACUUGUUACAACAAUACUGUAUGUUGUAACAAUUAUUUUCUAUUAUUUUAUAGGAAUGGUUCAUUUUAUUAAUAAUUUUGGAAUGUAUUAAAUUUUAUAACUGUUUAUUUUUAGUCUUUUUUUAAUAAGGUAUCUUUUGUUUUAAAAAUAAUAAACUUGUGUACAAUUAUAAUAAAAUCGUAAUAUGUAAUUUCAAAGACUUAAAUGUGAACUACUUAUAAAUUCGUGACUACGUGAGGAGAGACAGAGAAAGUCGACGUCAUGUUAUACGAUUAGUGUAACUAAUAUUACCUUGUUUAAAUUAAAUAAUUUAGGUACCAAUCGUUUAGUCUUAAAAUAUAUUGUAUACAUAAUUGAUAA